UACAGUUAUAUAAUCAUCGUUUGUUAAAAAAUAAAAAAAUAACUUUGAGUGAAAGGCGUAGUGUUGGAAUUACUUGGUUAAAAUAGUAUAGGAAUUCAAGGUUGAAAGUUAGUUGAGCAACAGAAAUGGCCCGGAGACUGUCUUCCCGCCUGCCUCAUCUUUUCACCAUCGCAAAAAUCCAAUUACGCACCCCUGUUUCCACCCCUACAUCGCUGUAUUUUUCAGAUGCUACUUUUCAGUAUUCAAGAUUUCUUGGCUGUUCAUACCCCAUGUUCCAAGCUUCUCGUUCGUAUGCUCGGAAUAGGCGCCCAAGUUAUGAUCUCUUUGGUGGUAAAGUUCCGACAGCAAAGGAGUUCAAGAAAGAGUGGGCGAAACAGAUGGAGGACGAAGAGGAUCAUCUGUGGACGGGAAGUGAAGAUGAUAGUGAUACUGAAAGGGAUGAUCAUAGCCAGCUCAAGAAAGAGAUAAAAAAGGCCAAGCAGCGGGCAAAGGAGCGUUCUGAUCGUAUUGAUGCUGAUGAUAGUGAUGAACUAUACAGUGUGUGGUCGGGAAGCGACGAUGAGAAGACCCUUUGGACUGGUGAUGAAGGAGAUGAUGAAGAGGAUGUACCUACAGAACCCUUCCCGAAUGAGAGAAGUGAUGAGUACAUUGAUCAGUUGUUUGAGUUUGAGGAUAAACCAAAGUAUCGAACUCUCACUCAAGCAUUGAAAGAUGAGGAGGAGCCGGAAGAGUUAUCCCCUGGAAAGCAAGCUCGAAAACUGGCUGUGCAGAAUGCUCUCAAGAAAUUGAAGAAGGGGCCUGAUGGGCGGUAUACUAACGUGUGGGAGGUCAUGAGCGAUUUGGACAUUCUCAUCGGAGCAUUUGAGAACAUUAUCUCAGGACCAGAAUAUGAAGAGCUUAGGCAAGGUGGGCCAAAGAAAUUGAACAUGCAAUUUUUCAAGGACAUUCAAGCUCGUAUGAGGGAUCCAAACUAUAAGUUCUCACCUGAGAUGAAGUUAAAACCGAAGAGCAAGCUGGUGCCAAGAAAGAAAUGGCAGAAAGCACAGUCAAGACGUAGAAAGGCACAGAAGCGGUAACACAGAGGUGGCUGUUUCUGUGCAUCUAGAAACAUUACACAUAACUCUCUGAUCUUCUAGAACUAGCUUACAUGUGUCUUAGUUCUUGUUGCUUGUGAUUAUGAUGCAGUCGUAAAUCCCAAAAUAGUUGUUAUAUGCUUUUAUUUGUCUGAACAUGGUAACAUUACUUUAAUAGAUAUAUUUCUAAAUCCAA